AUGUCUGCUGUUGUAAAUAUUGAGGAGUUAAAAAAACAAUUCUUGGAAUGUCCAAUUUGUAAUGAGCUUUUCAAUGACACCAAUCGGCAUCCUCGUGUAUUGCCAUGUCUUCAUUCAUACUGUUACACGUGUUUGAAAAAAUUGAUUGAACAAUCAAAAUACACGUGCCCACUUUGCAAAUUUGACUUCUUUGUCCAAAAUGUAAGCGUUGAUUCGUUUUCAAAAGAUAACACACGAAGGGAUCUUUUAAAUUUUGUCCGGGCUGGUGACCACAAAUCCGAAAUACAAUGUGAUGAAUGCGAAAAUGAAAAAGCCUUUUCACGUUGUAAAGAUUGUUUCAGAUUCAUAUGUAAAACAUGUCUAGCAGCACAUAAAACAAUGAAGACAUUCAGUGGCCACGAAGUUUUUGCCCUAGAUGAUUUUGAAUUAUCGAUGGAACAUGUUUCUGAAUUUAGACAUGCUGGAAUGUGUUCAUUGUCAAACCAUCAGAAAAAUCCACUCACUUUGUUUUGCGCUGGUCCUCAGUGUCAAAAACCUAUAUGUUAUUCUUGUUGUCUUACAAGCCAUAUGCCAACAGAUAACAAGAAGCAUAUCACAAGGGAUAUUGAAGAAGUCUAUACUGAAAAAGUUAAACGUAUGAUAGAGAAAAAAGACAAAAUACUCAAGACGGAGAGAGAAUUGGUUGGACUUUCAAAAAGAAUCAAUGAGCAAUUAGAUAGGCUUGCAGCAAACGCGGAUACUACAAAGAAAGAAAUUCAAGCAAUAUUUAAAAUAGCAGUAAAAAUACUGGAGCGUCGAAGAGAUCUCUUAAUAGAGAAUACUGAUAAGCUGACAAAGGACAAAAUCACUCUUUUAAAGAAGCAAGAUACAGAAGUUAUCAAUUUCAUUGAAACCAUCAGGGACGCGUGUAGAUUUCUUGAUCAAACUGUUGCUACCAAAAAUCAAUCAGCAUUUCUCCUUCUUUCAAAAACCAUCUCAAACCGAUUAAACCAUUUACUAAACACUAACUGUGAUACCGAACCACGCGACUGCAAUCCUGUUUUAUUUUCCAAAGCAAAUUUAGGAACUAAAUUGCAACGAUUUGUUGAUACAUUUGGAAAUAUAUUUUCGUCGUUUGCAUUUGGCCCUAAAACAAAAGUCACAUUUCCAACAGCAAUUGAGACAGAAAAAGAUUUUGACAUUAUAAUUGAACUUUUUGAUUACUAUGAUGCACAGGUAUUAGAUGAAAUGAUAAUUACUUGUGUACUAUUUGAAACGGCGGACGCACCUCUGGCAUCCGUAGGAGAAUUGUCAUUUACUCAUAUGGAAAAUGGAAAAUAUAAAGCAUCUUGUAAAAUAAUGGAUACUGGUAUCCAGAGAAUUAUUAAAGUAGGAGUGAUGAUGAAUAGUAGAGACUUUUAUGUCGUUGAACUGAAAACAAUGAUUGAAAUUAAGCCGAAAGAACAGCAAACAAAUAGUAAGAUUAAAAUUAUUCACUACCUUUGUACACUGGGUAUAGUAUAUGCCUUUGACAACUAUAGUCAGAUUCUAUUUUAUUGA